AUGCUCAGCUACCAAGUGGACAAACAGAUGAAGCCUCACACCAUCUGCAAAACUCUGCUUAUGCCCUGCAUGACGGACGCCGUCGGUGCUGUCAUAGGCAAAGAGCACGUAAAAAAAUUGGACAAAAUACCAUGCUCGAACGACACCGCACCACGGAGAAUCAAAGAAAUGGCGUCUUAUGUGCAGGAUCAAGUAAUUGAAAAAUUGAAGUCGGCUGGGAAGUUUUCCCUUGCCAUCGGUAAGAGCUGCGACGUAUCCGGGUGCUCACAGCUAGUAGCGUUUGUGCGCUUUGUUGAUGGCUCUGUCAUUGCCGAAGAGCUUCUUUGUUGUCUGGAACUCGAGACCACAACAAGAGGUCAAGACAUUUUCAAUGCCAUUAACAAUUCUUUUUUUGUUUCGCGCGGUCUUCGUUGGGACAUGUGUGCAGUUGUGUGCACCAACGGUGCUCCAGCCAUGGUUGGAAACAAUGUAGGUUUUUUAGGGCUCAUUAAGAAAGUGAACAGUGCCGUAGCAUUCACACAUUGUGUGCCUCAUAAGGAGGCUUUGGCAUCAAAGGAGUUAAGUCCAGCGCUUGCGAGUGCCAUGCAACAUGUUGUCAAAGUCGUGAACAGCGUAAAGGCAACGCCUAAGGCCAGUCGCCUCUUUAAGGUUCUGUGCGAGGAGAUGGGUGCUGAGCACCAGCACCUACUCCUGCACACCUAG